AUGCCGUCCCGGGUGGACGACUACGAGCUGUUGAACACUAUCGGCUCCGGUUCCUAUGGAAAGUGCCAGAAAAUCACCCGGAAAGCCGACGGAAAAAUCCUGGUGUGGAAGGAGCUGGACUAUGGCACCAUGGCGGAGAGUGAAAAGCAGAUGCUGGUGUCAGAGGUGAACCUCCUUCGGGAGCUGAAGCACCCGAACAUCGUGAGGUACUACGACCGCAUCAUAGACCGCACCAACACCACCCUGUAUAUAAUCAUGGAGUACUGCGAGGGCGGAGACCUGUCCAGCAUCAUCGACCGCUGCAUCAAGGAAAGGCGUUACCUGGAGGAGGAGUUCGUCCUGCGGGUCAUGGCGCAGCUCACCUCGGCCCUGAAGGAAUGCCACCGGCGCAGCGACGGCCGGGCCACCGUUCUCCAUCGAGACCUGAAACCAGCCAACAUCUUCCUCGAUAUCAGGCAGAACGUCAAGCUCGGAGACUUCGGCCUCGCCAGGAUCCUGAAUCAUGACACCAGUUUUGCAAAGACAUUUGUCGGGACACCGUACUACAUGUCUCCAGAGCAAAUAAACCAGUUGUCGUACAACGAGAAGUCAGAUAUUUGGUCGCUGGGAUGUUUGCUGUAUGAACUAUGUGCAUUAUCGCCUCCGUUCACUGCUUACAACCAGAAGGAGCUGGCAGAGAGGAUCCGAGAGGGAAAGUUCAGGAGAAUCCCGUACCGCUACUCCGAGGAGCUGAACAGCUUACUCAGCAAAAUGCUCAAUUUAAAGGACUACAUGAGGCCCUCGGUGGAGUCCAUUCUCCAGAGCAGACUGUUGGCGGAUGCGGUUGCUGAGGAGCAGAGGAGGGCCGAGGCGCGUGUCCGGAGGAAGUCGGCGGACCCUGACCGACCGCUUCCGAAGACGGCGGAACCAGCUCCAGCCUCUGCUGCUGAGCUCCAACUCAGGGAACAGGCGCUGAGAGACAGAGAGACAGCUCUGAAGGAACGUGAAGAGAGGGUGGAGCAAAGGGAGCAUGAGCUGUGUGUUCGUGAACAGCUGUCAAACGAGAAGAUUGCACGGGCCGAGCGUUUACUGAAGAAUUAUACCCGUCUCCAGCAGCAGACGGACCUGUCACCAUUAUACGGCAAAGACAUAGAUGAGGACGGCCUCUCCCCGGGAAAGAGGAAGGUCCGGUUUGCGGGUGAGAGCAAAGAGAACCAGCGUCCCCACGGCCGUCGGAGCGUGGCGUCCCAGGAGCUGAUCCUGAGGAGGCUGCAGGCGGCCAACGAGCGCGGACUCACGCUGAAAGAAGUGGAGAUGUCCUGUCAGUUCAAGAGCAGGCAGAUCCUCGGCUUCCGCUGACCACAUGGGACGUCUCUGUUUGUUGUGCUGUGGAAGGCUCUGAGUCAGGAUAACUGGAUGUAAAUAAAUAUUUAUUUAUGAUUAUUUAGUUGCUAUGCAAGGAGUGAUGACAACAUUUCAAGCCAGUUUAUUGUCGUGUGUAUGUGUUUUAAUGUUAUAGGCAGCUAUAGGGCUUCUGAAAUGUUCAGUUUAUUCUUGCUGUAUAUUUUUAAACGUGAAGUUUUGU